GAUGUAUCAUGAAACAGGAAGUUGUAGUUUCUGAAAAGAGCUAUCAGGAACUGAAAAAGAAAAGAAAAAAGACAGAGCCCACACAAAACAGAGUCGUGCCAUUAGUGAGUGAGAACCAGUCAUGAGGGACCAUUUAUAUCUUUUCUUCUUUAUGAUUCAAUUUAGUUCUGGCUGUAUUCUUUCAGAUGAGCUCAAGACAAUAUACAUAACAGGAUACACAGGUGGAUCAGUGGUGCUGCCCUGCUCCUGCGCUCAUCCUCAGUCUACAGCCAUCACAUUCACAUGGCAGUUUUAUGGCAAUGGAGAACGAUGGAUUUCAGUAUUUGAGGAUGAAAAGUACAGCGGCAGACGUGUGCUGUUUAAUGAAAAUACUCCACAAAAUCUGUCUCUUCUCAUUUCUGACCUCAGAAAGGAAGAUGAAGGGUACUAUAAGUGUGAGACUGAACAACAUACAUACAUUCAUUUAACAGUGAAGGGCUGUAAUUUGGUUCAGAACACAACGACAAAAAUUGCGGUGACUGGAUAUGCAGGAGAGUCUGUGGUUCUGCCCUGCUCAUGCUCUGAACUACUGGCUAAACCUGAACAGAUACAAUGGAUGUAUAUUGUAGAAAAAAGAUAUAAGGAAAUUUACCCAAAUGAAAAGACUGAGAGGCACAAGAACAGAGUCAAACUGUUGAAUCAAACAUCUCCAGGAAAUCUCUCUCUACACAUAUCAGCACUGACCGCAGAGGACGAAGGAGACUAUUAUUGUUCUGUCUCGUCUCAAAAAGUCUACUUCAGACUUCAUGUUGAAGUUACUCUCAGGACAGAGAAACCACACAUCCAUACAUCCAUCAGUUUAUCAACACAUCAACCUUCACACCAAACACAAGAACUUCCACCACCUCAACAACCACACGACACAUCUCAAUAUCUCUUCAUUCUAGUGGCAGUGUUUCCCUUAGCACUGAUUCUGCCAUUUCUGGUUUUAUCUUCUAGAUAUGCAAAGGAUGAAGUGGCAUGUUCUGCUAUAGUCUAUGUUGAAACGGCAUUCCCACCUGAUCACACACAGAAUGACGCAGUUGAGCUCACCGAGUGUCAAUACCAAUGCUGAACGGACUUAACUUUUUUUUCCCCAUUUUAAACAGAAUUCACAUUCACAUUGUUUAGUCUAGUAAUCGAGCUUAUGUCCUUUACAUGUUACAGUACAUGGGCAAAUGGGGAGAUGAUCUUCUAAUUAACAGGUCUGGCUAUUACAGUAAUUUCUGUUAGAAAAAGUCAAUCUCUUUUCCUGUAUGGAUGUUGAUGUGCUGGAACAGAGGAAGAACCUCACCAAACUGUUGCCACACAGUUGAAAGCAUAGUAAAGUGAGACACUGUUCAUUUGUCAUUGCAUGUUAGUUCCCUUUCGAAGGGAACUCAACUCUGCGUUGUCACGCUUUGGGGAACGUCACACGUGACUCGGUGUCUGAAAACCAACUAUCCAACAACUCCAAUGCUCAUUGGCCAGCGACAGCCUAUGACGUCAUAGGGGUGCGACCCAGAUGUAUAAAAGCACGCCCGCGGGAGCAGUCAUUAUCUUUCGUCUUUCAGGGACUGCCUGUGUCUUGCCACUGUCUGGUUUCUCCAAAUUCGAAACUGUGAGUAUCUUUGAGAAAACUAUGUCUGAGGGCAAAAGUUUUAGGAAGUGUGCAGAUCCUUGUCCGAGGUUCCUGACCCCGGAGGAUCCUCACACCCUAUGUGUGUUAUGUCUGGGUGAAGAGCACGCACGGUCAGCGUUUGAGGACACUGGCUGUGAGCUGUGUGAGCGUUUUCCCAUGAGAACGCUCCGUUCCCGCCUGACUCUCUUCUCAAGGGGAGAGACGUCAACACCUGUUCCCGGAGGAUCUGGUCCUGCUCGUGCUGAGGCCGAGCGGCGGCUGCAUUCAUGGGGGUCGCAGGUGGAGCUCGCCGCUAAGUUUGAGAGAGGUGUCACGGUCUCUCAACCCCAAGCGGCGGCUGGCGGGGAUGAGCUUCUGGAUGACGAUGAUGCCAUCUCCUUGACAUCAUCGGAUCCGGGAGCGAGUGCUCUUCUGGCUGAGAGCCCCCGAGAGCAGGAGUUGGCUAUGGAAGAGGGAGAAGUGACUGAGGUUGCCUCUUUCUCUUCCAAGCCUCCCUGUCCAGCAUAUGUGGAAUUAUUGGAGGUUGUGGAACGCGCUGCAGGCAGGCUGCAGCUGGCAUGGGAGCGCGUCAGGAAAGAGCCCGUUCGUGGCAGGUUGGACGAACGGUUUCUCUCUGACCACAACCCUAUAAUUCCUGUGAGCCUUCCAUUCCUUCCUGACCUACAUGUUGAGGUGGGGAAGGCAUGGAAGAACCCAUACUCGGCCAGGAUUCAUCUGCAUCAGCGGGGGAAUUUCGCUGAUGUGGAGGAAUUGGGCCAGCAUUGGUAUGUGUCGAUGCCCCCAUUGACGAGACGUUUGCUAACUAUCUCGUCACGGGUAGCGCGCCGACACUGAAAGCUCCGGUUCUGCCGUCUAAACCCCUUAAGAUGACAUCACGUUUGAACGGCAGAGCGUAUGCUGCUGCGGGCCAGGCUGGUGCUGCUUUGCACACGAUGGCGGUGUUGCAAGCGUACCAGGCUGACCUGCUGAAGGACCUGGAUCAGGGGCAGGGUUUGUCCCCUGAUGCGGUGGCUGAGCUGCGCCAAACCACGGAUUUGGCUCUCCGUGCCACUAAGCAAACGGCCGCCUCGAUUGGAAGAUCGAUGGCGGCUAUGGUGGCUACGGAGAGGCACCUUUGGUUAACCAUGGCGGACAUCGGGGAGAAAGAGAAGGGCUCUCUCCUCGAUGCCCCGGUCUCGCCAUCUGAACUUUUCGGCGGUUGUUGGAAAGUUUAGGGAGGCGAGGGCGCGCUCAGCAGCAUUUAAGAAAUGCAUUCCGCUCAGGUCCGAUUCUGGGCCCAGACAACCGGGAGGCUCUGGUCCGCCUCGAGCCGAGGCUCAGAGGCAGGGCCAGAGAUCCAGUGUCGCCGCUCGAGCACCUCCUCCACCACGGAGUAAGUCUCAGAAGCGGCGGGAUGCGAAGAAAAGGAAAGGUGAUUUGAGAGAGGUGAUCAAUCGGCGGCGUGAUCAGUACCGCUGAUUGCUCCCCUCUCUUGGCGAGGGAAGAUUUUUUUACUUUCCUUCGCCCCUUUUCUUCGUCCUCCUGUUUUUAAUUCUAAUCUGUGCACGUUCAGGAUAACACCUUUUGAACAGUCAGGCCGGUGGCCGGCCCAUGAUGAAACUUUUUCUGAAGGCCCGCCUUCUGGCUUGAUAGUGAAAAGGUUCGUAGGCUUGUGGAACCGGGGAUAUCAUUGUUCUCCUUUGAAAGAACGAGGAAAGAAUCUCUGGUCUUCGAGCCGCGGGAAGGUAAGACAAGGUCUGAUUUAAUCGCUUAAAUGUUCGACCUUGUCUUUAUUCCUGUAUUAUUUCCUGAAUGUGUAACAGUAAAUAUGUUAGGGGUUUUUUGGGCAAAAAACUGGAGUGUUGAGACUGACUGAGCGAGCCACAGAAUGGCUGCUGUUCAGUUUUCUCUCUGUAUGUUCUGCCAUUCGACUAUUGUCAGUAUAGUUUGAGCUGGCGCUCAUCACUUCAGUUUAUGCGUUUGUGGCGGUCCUAACCGGCCCCCCAGCGCGAUAGCUGUGAUCUUUGCUGUAUUUCUUAUCUGAAAUUUCGAGGUAGAGAUCAGGCUUAUUGUAGCGCCUGUUAUUUUGAAUAGGCCUGUAUGUAUUUUAGUUUUUGGCCUUCUCCUGAGGGAGUGGCUGAAUUUUUUGCCCAGAUUAUCCCAUUGCUAUGUAGGUGCAACGAUGAGUGUAACAGCUAGGUUUUAGACUGCUUUGUUAGAGACCUGAUGCUGUUUCUCAGGUGGUAGGCCCUUAUCUUUGCGUAGAUAAGUUUAUGCUAUUAAUAUUACUAGGCCCCACUCUCUAGAACAUUCAUGCUGAGGGAAAAUAUAUUUUCUUCCGAGCCACUUGAUAUUUUCAAGUUUGAGUUGACUAUGCCAGCAUUUUAGCUCUGUCCUCUAAGGCUUGGAACAGAUUUGAGAAUCUGUAGCAAUGAUUUUAUGUUUUCUCUCUGUCAAAUAGCAUGUAUUUCAAAGUUUCCUUUGAGUUCUAGACGUUUGCCCUACAUUUGGUAUGUGAGCUUGAUAUGCUGCCACAGGUUGGCACCCGCUUAUUAUGGUAGGCCUUCUUAAAAAGCGGCCUCUAUGUAAGUGUUGGUGAAUCCUUUCCCCAGGGUUACUGAGUGCAUCACCUGUUGGAUUGCAUACUCAGGGUAGCUAGAUCACUUUUUGAGAAAAGUUAGUAUCUGUCAGCUCCCUUUCAGUUAUCUGUUUAUCAGCUAUAUUGCAUAUAACGGUGAUUGUAGGCUAGACUGU